GCCACGGCUACCACUCCUCUGAAGCGUCUCGCACUCCAUUCCACCACUACUUGCGCCGUACAAGCGUCUGUUUAUGGACAAUGUAUUCUCGCCAGCAUGACUGAAGUUAGCAAGGAUAGUUGCAAGGCAGAAUUCGACAAAUUUGGGGCAUGUCUCAGAGAAGCUGUA